AUGUCCAGCCAAAUUCCUUUCCAUGUUCAAGAGGAAAUCCUCAAAAUGCUUCCUGUGAAAUCGUUGAUUCAGUUUAGAUCUGUCUGCAAAGCAUGGAGGUGUUUAAUCGAGAGCGCUUAUUUUAUUGCUGCGCACACCGUUCGCAAAGAUCAGUGUCAACAACUGCUUAUAAAGUAUGUGGUAGGAGAGGAGGCGCGAUAUGUUUCUAUUGUCGACGAUGACACUUUCCCCCAACAGAGGUUUGGUCCGACUCUUCCCCUCUCCGUUAAACUACUUAAAAGGCCAUGCUUAGUUGGUAGCUGUAAUGGUUUGUUGUGCUUGGAUGGAUAUUAUUAUGCUCCAGAGAGAUCUCAUUCUAACUUUGAAAAGCGGAUGGUUGUACUUUGGAAUCCUUCAAUCAGAAAAUCAAUUGCUAUUGCUGUGCCUGUGACAUAUCAUGUGCAUGAUCAAACAACUUUUGGUUUUGGGGUUUGUCCUGUUACUAAUGAUCCCAAAAUUGUCAUGAUUCCACUACUAGGUCCAAUGGAUGAAAAAAAGAGCGAAAUUAGCAACCCUAGGGGAGUUAUGGUUUAUACGUUAAGCUCAGGGGAAUGGAGAAGUCCAUCCAGCUAUGUGUGGAGAAAAUCAGUCAGAGUUAGAUGGUAUGGCGUAGUUGUUGAUAGGUUUAUGUAUUGGUGUGGUUCGCAUCAGAUGGAAAGAGAUAGUUGGAUACAAUGGAGGUCUAAUCUGAUUAUGUCAUUUGAUUUGACUAAUGAUAUUUUUGAAGUGAUAGAUCUCCCAGAUAGUUUAGCUCGCCACCCUCCUGUUAAGCUUUCCAUUUCUAAGAUAAGGGAUUCUCUUGUUGUGCUUGAAGAUAGUUUUUUUAACAACGAGAAACAGCAUUGUGGUGUAUGGAUGAUGGAGAAUGGUGCUCAAAAAUCGUUUACAAAGCUAUUCACUGUUAUUGCACGACAUACGUUAAUUUGGCCACUAGGAUUCAGGAAGAAUGGCACACCUAUAAUGGAAAUGGACAAGUAUGUAUGGCUAUGA